AUGAGUGAUAAAUCUUCUUCAAUCACUGAUGCUCAGCAGCAUCUUGCUGAGUUCAGUCAAACUACAUUUACAGACCUUCAACACGAUUUUCAUGAAUUGAAUCACGAAAUUCCUCAAGAUUCACCACUUGAAACUUAUCGUCACGAAUAUGCAAAACUUUUCGGAAUCUUACAGAAAUCUAUGACAAACCAAGCAAGAUACAUCGAAAAAUGCAGAGUUUUAGAAUCAGAAAUCACUGGUAAUAAUUCGAAAGUUAAAACUGUCUCGAAGUUAGCAGAAGAAGACUCUAAAUCUAUCGCGAAUCUUAAUGAUGAUCGUGAUAAGAAGCAGAAUGCGUUAAAUCAAUCGAAAGAAUCAUUACGUGCAGCGAUGGAGCAAAAUCAAAUCGUUUCUAGUAGGAUUACAGAGCUUGAAAACAAGCUUGAAGAGUGUGUUGCUGCAGAAAGAAGUAAGAAAGACUACUUAAAACAACUCAAAAACAGAAGAUCAGAAUUAAAGAAAGAACAUGAUGAAUUAACACAGCAAAUACCUCAGUAUCAAGAAAACAACAAGCAAACAAGCGAGAAAUUAGAACAAAAGGAUCGUGAAAUCGAAGAAACGCUUAACGACUUAAAACGUAUUGAAGAUAUGGUCGCUGCUAAACGUCUUGAAGAGCAGAAAGAGAGACAGACACUUAUGAUGCUUGAAAGAGAUCGUGAUGCUACAAGAGUUCGUCUUCAAGAAGCCAGACAAAAAACAAAAGAUCGAAGUGCAGAAGUUCAAGCCAAACAAGAAGAAUCCAGGAAUCUUACAAAGAAAGUCCAAGAUCUCAAGCGUCGUUUCGAAAGUGCUAAGGUUGAAAAACAAGAUAUGGCUGACAAAUGCACAAAAUUACAAAAAGAUUUAGAAUCAUUACAAGGAAUCAUCACCUCUCUUGAGAAAGAAAUAUCAGAUAGCCGUGAAAUACUCAACCAGAAGCAAAAGGAAACAGACCAACUUCAACAAGUCUGUCAAAAGAAAGAACAAGAAAGAGAAAACGUUGAAAUCAGAAAACAAGCAUUGCAAGAUCAAUUUGGAGCAUUAAGAAAAGAAGCAGAUGCAGUGAAGAUCGAUAUCAACAAUUCACAAGCACAACUAGAUGAAUUGAGAAGAAAAUGCGAAUUCACGCGAAAACAAAUUGAUACAGCAAAUCGCGAAGAAAACUCAAAGAUAAAGAAAGAUCAAACAGAGAAACAGAAGCUCAGUAAAGCAGAAACUGUUCUUCAGAUGUACAAGAACCAAUCAUCAAAUAUCGAAUGCGAAAUCGCCAUCAUUAAAUCGCAUCUCCAAGAAACACAAAAGAAAAUCUUUUCCAUUGAAAAAGACAGAGAAAGAUAUUCAGAAGAAUUAUCACAAGCAACAUCACAAUAUCUUCAUGCACAAGACAUCUUAAAAGACAUUGACAACAAAGUGCAAAUGAAGAAUAAAGAGAUUGUUGAAGCCGACAAAAAAGUCAGACAACAACAAACAUUGUAUGAACAAGUAAGAAGUGAAAGAGAAAGUGCUUCAAAGAAAGUUAAGGAUGUAAGAGCAGAAAUAGAACAAUUGGAUCAUGAAUUCACAAGAAUGAAGAACGCUAUUGACCAGCAUAAAGAUGAUAUAAGACGUAAAGAAGCUGAAAAGAUCAAAGAUAAGAAAUCUUUGAACGAUGUUAUUGAAAAGGAUCAAAAAUUAAGAGCACAACUAACAGCAAUCCAAAUCAAGACAACAACAUCACAGAGAUCAAUUUCAUCUCAUGAAGGUGAAAUCUCCAAACUCGAGAAAGCCAUCAAAGAUGCUGAAAUUCAACUCGGCAUUGAACAGAAGAAAUUGGCAGAUGUAAAGAAGGAAAGAGAUUACAUGUCAAAUGAAAAUGUAAAAAGAGAAUUAGAAAUCAAGGAAGUUGGCCAGAAAUUAGACAUCUUGAGGAACCAAUUAAGAAGAGGAGAGAAAGAUUUCAACCUCAAAGAACAAGAUGUAUCAAGAAUAAGACGCCAAAUUCAAGACAGCCAAGAUCAAUUAACAAAUCUUUCUCAAUUCGAUAUUCAAUUGAAAGAAAAGAGAGAUGAAAUCCAUUUCUUGCAGAAAGAAUUGUUGCAAUUGAAGGCUGAAAGAGCUGCAAUGGAAGAAGAACUUAAGAUCCCUAUUAAUAUUCAUAGAUGGACAUUAUUGGAAUCAUCAGAUCCCCAGAGAUUUGAAGCUCUCAAGAGAUAUCAAGAAUUGCAAGCAACUUUAGUCGAAAAGACAAAACAAGUUGCGGAUUUGCAAGAUAAAAUCAAAGAAGAAGAGUCAAGAUAUACAGAGCUAUGUGCUCAAGUUAGAAGAAAACCAGGUGUCGAAGUUCAGCAAACAGUUGAUGAAUAUAAACAGAGUACAAAGAGUGAAGCUUACAGUUUAGAGAAGCUCACACAACGAUUAGAAAUGGCUAGAGAUGAUGUUAAAGAGUUUAGAAAGGAAUUAGGAGAAGCUGAACAAGAGUUGCUUCAACAGAGGAAUAAAUGGAUUGCUCAGAAGAAGAAGGAUAUUAAGAGAAGAAGAGAACUCCAAGAACAAGAAGCAAUGUGCAAAGAGCUCGGAAUUUCUUCAUUAUCAACUAAUCUUGAUCAAUUUAACUUGUAA